CUCAAAAACAAACAAAAAAAAAAGAGCUAGGAAAGAGAGUGCCCAGCAACUGCUGAACCCUUGGGUGUUGCCCCUUUCCCAUGAUAAACUCCCUAGCUGGCCAGUCACAUGGACUUGAAGAAGUAGGAUCUCAGUCCUGGGAUGAAAGAGGAAGAGAAAGUGGCAGAGCUUUCUGGGCAGGUUUGACCUCAGACAACAGCUAAGUCCACAUGUGGGAGACACAGCCUCCUCCUCCUGCCAGCAGUCUGCCUAACAGGAGCUUGGGGACGGAGACCUGGGUUUUGUGGGGCUUUGGCUAAUGACCAUCCUUGUCUGUGUCCUUGCCCUCCCAUGAACUUAGGUUUCAGAUAUGUCAGAUGCAGACCCACAGGCUUUGCUCAAGGCCAUGAGGGAUCUGGACGACAUGGACGCUGACCUCUUAGGUCUGAAGAAGUCUAAUCUGGCCUCUGGCAAAAGAGCUGCAAAGGGUCCUGGGAGAGAAGAGCUGCCUGGUGACCCUAGACCUGCUGGCAAGUUAAUAGCCCCUGAGAAAGGGGACACCAUUCCCACCAAGAAGCCACCUCUCUCUCCCAGCUUCGUUCCUGGGCCUCGUUAUGGGAGGUUUUCCUUUGGAGACUCAGAAGAUCCGUUGGCAGGACUUUUCUCUGAUGAUGAAGAAGAAAUGGCCCAGAAGUCACCCGUGACAGAGAGUAAGGCAGCUCUUGACAAAAGCCUUGGCACAGUCAGAGAUCAAGGUCCUUCAAUUCCUCUGACUCCUGGGGACACCCCUGUCCGGAAGAAAGAUUUGUUUGAUGAUGGGGAUGACAUCAUGGCCGCCCUUGGGUUUGGAGACAGUCCCAGCACAGACAGGAGGCAGAUGGGAGUCCAGGAAGGGCCCCACCCUGCGCGCGCAAAGCUGGAUGAGCUGCUGGGUCAAGGUCCCACCACCAAGCCCCUGACGCAACCAGGCAUAGGGGCAAACAAGGAUUUCAAACUUGACAAGAAGUACCAGAGGCUGCAGGAUGAAGAUGUCUGGGGUGAUGAGGACUUCAUCUUUGGAGCCUAUCAGCCCACUGUGGUCUCCUCUGAGGGCCGGCAGUCCCGCCGACAGUCAGUCAGGUUCUUAGCGGAUGGUGGCCCAGAUGCCAAGGGAGAAUUGGGCUCCAAACAGAGCCCUCCGGCAGUGUCCAGCCCCAUCCACCCCAGGAAGGGAGGAGCUGACUGGUUGGGCCUUAAGGACGAUAACUUGGAGCUGCUUCCUCCCUCCCCCACCAGAGAAGCCCAAAGGGGAGCCACAGUGCGCUCCUCACCCUCGGCACCACCUCCUACAAGCCAGCACUCUGGCCCAGCUACACAGCCCUCUUCAGGGGCAAAGCCAUCAACUGAGGGUGCAGGGUCUCCUGCCAAAGCUAGCCAGGCUUCCACUCUGGGAGCAUCUGAGGAGAAAGAAGAGGACUGGCUGAGCCAUGUGCAGACAUGA